UGGUGUUUUUAACUGUUUUACAGUUGAAUUAAUUCUGUGACCCAACUGUGGUCUCCAAACAUCUGCAUCUGACAGCAGCCCCAAGCCCCCAUGACAGACCGCACCACUUUCAGUUUUUACACAACAAACUGCUCAUUUCAGCCUUUAACCCAGUUUAAAUCUCUGAGAUCAGUACAGGGUUUGGAAUGUAGUUUUUGGGAUGGCAAGCAAACACCAGUUGAACCCGUUUUGUUUUUUUAAAACAUUGUUGGGUUCCGGGAAGGAAUAUAAUUUUAGUUGUGUCAGGUGACUUCUCGAAAACAGAAAGCGAAACUGAGGACCACAAAAACACUCGGUGGAAAUAACCGUGCGGGCAGUUGGCAGGGCAGCCCGGGCCGGCAGCACCAUGACGACCGAACAGCAGGAGCCAGAGAAACACUACAACCCCAGAGACAGCACACUCCGAUUCGUCACACGACAGGACGACAUCACGUUGGACGAUGACCCAGACACUCUCAGGGCGGAGAUGUCCUGUGGUCACGCUGUCACUCCACAGUCCCUGACCGCCUGGUGCAGGAGCCUGCUGGACCAGGGCCAGCACGUGUUCCGGUGCCCUGCUCUGAAAGACGGCACGGUGCAGAAGUGUGGGGCAGAGUGGCCGUACCAGGAGGUGCGUAAGCUGGCCGUCCUCACGGCCGCAGAGCAGGGCCACUUUGAGACGGCGCUGGCAGCCCUGGCCGCUGCUGAGCACUGCGAGUUCAAAUCUUGUCCCGGCUGCCAGACGUGUGUUGAGAGAGCAGACCAGACCAAUCUGUGUGUCCUCUGCACUGUGUGCACCGCUGAGACAGGCCGAGCAUACGAGUUCUGCUGGCAAUGCCUGCAGCGCUGGAAGGGCCCCGCCCCUCGCUCCGAUCGCUGUGACAACCAGAGCUGCACCAAUAAGGACCUGCAGCUGCUGGAGAAAUGCGAAACCACAUCCCUGCCUCAGGUGGAGGGUGUGUCCGCCUGCCCUUCCCUCAGGGCCUGCCCCACCUGCGGCCAGGUGCUGGAGCACGACCGCACGGGCUGCAAGAACAUCCUGUGUUCACGCUGCCAGGUGGAGUUCUGCUUCGUCUGCCUGAAGCUCACGCCCGUCUGCCUGGACACCAGCUCCUACUUCGAGGCCUGUAAGGAUGGGGUGGCCCCCAGGCAGACCAGCAUCCCCAGCUGGAACAGGAGUGGUUCAUGAGCUUCUGUUUACCACUCAUUUAUUUCUACAACUUUCUGAAUUUGGAUUGGUAUUUUAACUUCUAAGAUGCGACUGGUAUGAGAUUGUAGCCUUCUGUGGCAUUCAUUGUUAGAAAUACAGUUUGCUUGAUUUUUAUAUAUUUUACUGCCGCUCCUGAUCAUAUACUGUUUUUUUCUGCUUAUAUAAUGAACUACUGAUGUAUUUUUUCUAACUUUUCUUGGAAACACAAUUAUUUGUUCCAAUAAAAUUAAAAAAGUGAAA